UAAACCGGUGUAUUUUGAUUAUAAAAUAUAUUCUUGCAUAUAUUUAUAUAAUUAUGAUGUUCCUUUGUUUGCAGUUCGCAACUUUUCAAUUAUUUUAAGGUGCAAUCUUGUCACGACUCUCCUACGUUGGAUAUUUUUAAUGAACUUAUUUAAUCAAAGGAAUACUACAUAAAACUUUGUAAAAAAAAUUGAGUAGAUACUUUUUGAUAGCAAUGUUUCGCCAGUUCUUAAAUAUAUGCAGAAGAGUUUCCAAUUAUAUUUUCAUUAAUUCAGAUGAAUAUAAAUUUUGGGAAACUGAAUGGAAUAGUUGUCCCAAAAAGCAUCUGCACGAACAAUAUUUCGCUGCUUCACUAUUGCCUAAUUCAGAUGAAUAUAAUGAAAUACCGGGUUAUACAGAUAAUAAUGAUUUAGCUAAUAUUAUACAGUGUAUGAUACCUCUUACUGGAAUGAUUCUUAUCAAGAUUCCGAAUAAAGAUAUACAAUUUGGCAGCGGUUUUGUUCAAAGAAUCAGAAAAAAGAAUGGGCAUUGCCCUUGUGGAGCAAAUGCACAUCACGAAGACGGAGAGUUUGCUAUCCUAACCAUAACCACAGUCAACCAUGUGGUAAGCAGUAAAGAAGUGGUUCAACAUGCUACAUUUGUUUUAGACUUUAACGAUGAGGACCAACGUUUUGAGGAGUGUAUAAAAUUACAAGGACUGCGUCUACUUGAUACAGACAGAGAGGUAUCGGAUCAAAUGGACUGGUGUGCUGUCGAGUUUGUCACACAUAACAUGGAUGUUGUGAGGAAAUUAGAAAAGAGUUUAGAAAACUACGAGACACUGCAAAACGUUUUGUACAACAUGGUGGACCAAAGAAAGUCAGCUUUGGAGAAAUCAGAAGUGACAGUGGUAAAGAAACUCUUAAAGAAAUUAGAGAUCGACAGAACUGGUGCCGUUAUGAAUACAACGCAGUCACGUGCCCAGGUAGCAGUGGUUCUCCAAUUUUUAUCUGUGGCCAACCAAUCUGUGGAUUCGGGUACUGGUUCGGACAUCCUCAUAAUCACGCUAAAGCACUUGAACAGACGUUUCUAGGUAGCAAAAGCUCAAUUGGUGUCGACCACACACUAAAUUGAGACGUCGAAACGCUAUAUAGGUCCAAAUGAAAAGUACAGAUUCAAUAGAAAACUUGUACAAGUAACUAACGUCCAAUACAGUUAUUAUUGAAUUUCAUUUAAGUCUGUAGUUCUAUGACUAUAUUUCUUGCAAAAUAAAAUGAAUACGUU